AUGCAUCCUUACCCUACCACCCCCGAUGGGAUCACUCCUGAAUGGCUCGAGAAGGCCUUAGGCCACAGGAUCAAAUCCAUCAUAUGCACUCAAAGCAUUCUCAACGCCACGGCUAGCAAGCUCUUCUUCACCAUCGAGUACUCCGAGGAGAGUACUGCGCUUCGACCAAAGCAUAUUUGCGUGAAGGGCGGUUUCAACCCUGCCAUGAUGGCUGAUCAGGGGCUUAAGAACCUCCUCGCUGCCGCGUACAAAACUGAAGCACGCUUCUUCUCCCUCGUUGCAGAGAACCUGAAUUUUAUCUCCGUUCCCAAAGUCUGGUGGUCCGGAUGGGAAAAAGAGCAGGGCAUCAUCAUCAUGGACGACUUGGCUCUUCAGGGAUACGAGUUUGGAAAUCCUGAGCACACAUGGUCUGUUGAGAUGGUCAUGCUUGGCGUCGAACAACUUGCUGGCCUGCACGCCAGUACUUGGGGCUACACAACCGACAAGUCCCCUUGGAUGAAGCCUUCGUAUGAGGGUAUGAUUAUGGGUCUUACGGAGUUGUGGUAUAAUCAGAUACACGGCGAAGAUCGACCACCUCUACCUGAAAUCAUCAAGGACUCCCGCACUCGCACCGUAUCCGCAUUGAAGAAACACUUCCGCACCAAGAAUCCAGACUUCAGAUGUGUCGUCCACGGCGAUCCUCACACCGGAAACACGUACAUCGACGGAGACGGCAACCCAAAGUUCCUCGACUGGCAGACCUUUCACAUCGGCUCGCCCUUCCAUGACCUUACGUACUUCAUCGUCGGCGCACUAUCGGUGGAAGACCGAAAACGGUACGAGAUACCUAUCAUUGUGCAUUACCUGGAGUAUUUGUCGAGGUUCGGUGGUCCCAAACUUGAUAUCAAUGAUCCAGUUGUUCUCAAUGAGUAUCGCAAGUCGAUGAUGUCGGGAAUGGGAUGGAUUUUGACACCGUAUGAUUUGCAGCCUAAGGAGAGGGUGUUUGCUAUGUGUGAGCGAUAUGCAGCGGCGAUUGUGGAUCUCAAGACGAUUGAGCUUAUUGAAUCACUGCCUGAUCCCAAGUAG